AUGGGCGAGAGGAGCUGCCCACUUCUGCCGCCGCUGCUGCUGCUGGCGCUGCUGUGGCGCCCGGGACUGGAGAAGCAGGGUGAAUUCAGGGGGCGCUGCUGGCAGGGCGGGGCGACGGGGGCCGCGGGCAUCGUGGAGGUCAGGGGCGCUCACCUCCUGGCCUCCACGCAGACUCGCAGGAAGAGAACCCGCAGGCAGCUCACUGCGUAUCUGCCCUGUGGCCGCCGGGAGGUCCGCCCUCUGAUCGUGGGCGGAGUGGAGUCCUCGCGCGGGCGCUGGCCGUGGCAGGCCCUGGUGCGUGUGCGCAAUGUCAAGACGUGCGGAGGGAGCCUGCUCAGCCGCCGCUGGGUGCUGGCGCACUGCUUCAGAAGGUUCUCUCGUGCUUCCAGGUGGAUAGUCCAGCUUGGUGAGCUGACUCUCCGCCAAUCUUUCUGGAGCCUGCAGGCCCACCGAAACCGGUACAGAGUGAAGGACAUCAUUGUGAACCCCCAGGCUAGAGGGAAGUUCCAUGACAUCGCCCUGCUGAGGCUGGCCUCCUCGGUCACCUACAGCAAGUACAUCCAGCCCGUCUGUGUCCUAUCUUCUACCUUCAUGUUCCUGCACCGGUCUGACUGCUGGGUGACUGGUUGGGGAGUCAUCCAUGAGAAUAUGGUACCUCUGCCACCCCCCUACCGCCUCCGGGAAGUGCAGGUCACCAUCCUCAACAACAGCAGGUGCAGGGAGCUGUUCGAGUUGCUCUCUCAGCGCAGCUCCAUCAGUUUCAACAUGCUUUGUGCUGGUGCUGAGAAUGGCAGCAGGGAUACCUGCCACGGUGACUCAGGAGGACCCUUAGUCUGCGACCUGGAAGGGCUGUGGUAUCAGAUUGGAAUUGUGAGCUGGGGAGUGGGUUGUGGUCGACCCAACCGGGCUGGAGUCUACACCAAUGUCUCUGCAACUCCUGGAGUUGGCUGA